UUCCUCCAGUAAACGCGCCAAAACCCAAAUGGACGCGGAAUGUUUUCCAGUUACAACCAAAUAAAAAUGGAGGUAACUUACAUUAAGGAACACACUGUAACGGAAGUACAUUUUGUCUUGCCCAUAGCCGGAAGGAUUACCACGUGCGACUAGCUUGUUUUCCCGGCUACUUUGGCGCCGGUGAUGAUGUAAAGCUUGGAGUAAUUAGUAACGUAGUGUAUUCGACUAAAGUGGAAGACGAAGAAGGAAGUACGUAUUAACAUUACACAGAUCAUAAGUAGACUUACUUAUGUUGUAAUGGAUGUAAAGAAAACUACAAGCGAAAAAUUAAAUCCUCCUACCGCCUUCUGUGCACCUAGCAAAACAGGUACAGACAGUCAAGAAGGCCUUGUGCCUCCGUCUCAUUUUACCUCCAGAACGUGUUCAGCCACUGUUUUGGAUAAUGUUUUGGGUGGUGGCGAAUCUAGAUCGGUACCUUUCUGGAAGACGAUUCCUUCGGAUCUCCAGCAGUCAUCGGUUGUGCUUAAUCCCUGGAUUGCUGAUCCUCUGGAGCAAACGGCUAUUUUGGAUGUGCAAAAUGAUACCAGAACACUGAAGACCCAACAAAGGAAAGAUUUAAAGCCAAUGUUUACCAUUCCAAAUGAGAGAUGCCAGAGAGCAAGAUCACUUGAUAGAGAAGGAGAGACUGAAAUAUACCAGUUGCCUCUAGCACCAGCAGAUAGUACUCUGUUUUCAGAACUGGAGUUCUUGAGGAAGGAGACAAGAAGGCAGGCUGCAGAUCUCAAAGAGAGAGGGAGCAUUGUGAGCAGACUUCAGGACCAGGUGGAAGACUUGCAGUCAGAAUUGGCUAAAUCCAGACUAGAGCGUGAUAGGUUAUGCAUAAAAGAAGAGAGACUUAAAUUUCAGCACCAAACUGAACUCAAGAGGUUAAUCUGGGAGAAGGAAGAAACAAGUGCAGAACUUGAACGGAUUCAAUUAGAACUGAAAAGACUAACUGCCCAGAGGGACAGUGAGCUUGAAAGACUACAGAUAGAGGUAGAACAAGCUCAGAUGGAACUGGAAGCUGUAUCUCAGAAGCACCACGAUGAAAUCAUGAGAAUAAGAGAGGAAGAAAAAUGGAAAAGUGAAGAAGCCGAUAAAGGCAGGAGAUGCGAGAAUGCUCAAAUCCAAGAACAGCUACAGGAGACUACUCGGCAGCAUAAAACAGAGCUCAAUUGUCUCCUGGAGAAAUAUGCCACAGAAGUAGCAGAGCUGACCAAGACAAAGAAAACACUUAAAGAAGAACUGGAGAUUGCAAAGCAGGAAACUAACUGCUUGAAAGAGCAAGUUAAACUUUCUAACAGUGAGUGUGAUAAACUGAAAGAGGAACUAAGCACUUCAAGUUCUGCUCUACAUUCUCAGACUUCUCUAGUACAGAGCUUGCGUACAUACAUUGGAAAAAGGUUGCCAGAGCAGGAGAAGCAUGAUUGUGAGAUUAAAACCAGAGAGCUUUCCAAUACUGUUCAGGUCCUUGAAAAUGAAAGGGAGAGCUUGAGAAUGACAGCAGAACUUCUUAAUGUAAGGCUAAAUUCCUUAAGUGACAUUCUUGUAAUACAGGAAAAAGAGAUUGGCAAGAAGGUUCUUCUGGAUCCUCUAACUGGUUCAGGAUUGAAAGGGCAAGCACUGUUGAGAAGAUGGAGAGAAAAAGUUUUUCAGCUUUUGGUACAGAUCCGUUCACAGGGAAUAGAGUAUCAUAGUACUCAGAAACAUCUCCAUUCAAACAUUUCUGAGCUUGAAGAGAGAAUAAGUACAGAGGAGCAUAACAAAGCUGUGCUACACCAUAGCCUUCAAGAUAAAGUAGCUGAAUUAGAAAUGGAGAGAGUGAAAAAUGGGCUACUUAACAGUGAAAUGGUCAGAGUUCAAGCUGAAGCUCAGGAGCUAAAGGUUCGUGUGCAAGAGGCAGAAAAUGCAGUUGUUCUUCUAAAAGACAGUGUAACUGUGUUUUGGCAAACCUUUCUUGAAGUGGAAUCUAAAAUGAUUUCAUCCGAAUGUUGUUUGCUUACUCUUGGACAAAGAGUGACAUUUGCUAGCAAAAGGAUUGACACAAUUCAUGGUUUAAUAAUGCGAAAGGAAGCCUUGCUACGGUUACAGUUGCAGAGUGAGAACCGAGCAGCUGAACCUGAUCCUGCCAGGAAAACGUAUGCAGAUUUGCAAAAUGAGCUGCUGUUAAUGAAUGAAGAAAGAGAUCGCCUGGCUCUAGAACUUAAGCGCAGCCCUCAGCUAAUUGAAAAGGCUUUGCUAGAAGCUCGUAGGCAGUUUCAAAUUGACCUUAAAAAUGCCCAAGAUGCUCUUCAAGAGAGUAGAGAGACAGAAAAUCAGCUAAUGGAGCAGCUUAAAUCUACACAAGCAAGACAUAAAGAAGCAGAGGAACAGCUUUCAGCAUUAAAGUUGCAGCAACAGGAGGCAACAGAAUUCAGCGAGAAGCUUAUUGAGGAUAUGGCCCAGCAGCAGGAACAGCAUGAAAGAGAUCUUCAGGACAGGCUGUCAGAAGCAGAAGGAAAGUGGCAACAGCAGCUACAGGAUUUAGAAAGCAAAUUGAACUGUGCACAGAGGGAACACACUAAGGCUGUGGUGGCACUGCGUCAAGCGGAGAGACAUUUUACACGUGAAAAAGAGCGUUUACAGGAUUUGCAGAGGCUUCAAGAAGAACAGAAAGCAAAAGAGAUUCAAGAUUUGCAAAAAGCUCUACGGGAAUCUGAAAGGGAUGUCACUCUGCUAACGGCAACACUUCGUCAGCAAGGUCUCAUUAACCAAUACCGAAAGACCAGGUCUCCAUCUCUACAACCAUGUGAUUCAGUUAAAGAAGUACAGCCUGACGGAUCUUCUUGUGAGCAGCAGACUUCACAGUUAACAGCUCAUCGACUGUCCAAAGAGUCAAAAGAAUCUCUUCUGUCUAAAAUAGAUGAGAUUCAGUCUCUCUAUCAAACUGUAAUGGUUGACAAGAAUUCAUCAGAAGAGGAAGGAGACACUGAUACCUAAUUAAACUUAUGUACAAAAAAAAUUGAAUAGGCUGUUUCAACCUUAAAUGUGAAUUAUUCUGAGCUCCUGUUUCACACACUGGAAUAUGAAUGUUUUCUUUUUUAUUUAACAUAUGUAUUAAAAACAUUUUUCAGAAAUUAAGAAAAUACUGAAAUCCACUUUCCAAAUGGAUUUACUAAUUUAUUAAAUAAACUCUUGUUUUUGUAACCUU